AUGGCUACCCUCGCAACACUAGAUGCCGUCGAAUUCUUCGUUGCUGGGAAGAGAAACCUUCGUGUGUACUACCAAUUUGACGACGACAAUAUCAUCCGCGAGUCCUGCUUCGCCCAGGACUUUGGCUGGUUUGUUAACGGGAACGGAAUUGUUGCAAAGAACGCCAAACGUAGCUCCCCUAUCACCGUCACACGGUGGACUAUGCGAGUCUACUAUCUGGACCAUGCAUACAAUAUCUGCGAGGGUAAUAACCAUCUAACAAGCCCAUGGACUUCACAGGCUAUUGGCAAUGUGGCAGAUACGGAGAUCGGGCCUGGUUCUCAGCUUGCAAUAGCUCGUCCUGACAAGGAUGACGAGUUGCUAAGGUUGUUUUACCAGGGCAAAGAUGCCACCCUGCGCGAGAUAAGAUAUGACUCCAGCGAGCAGAACUGGUCGGUUCAAGACAAUCCGAUAAUUUCGGGCGCUGUCACAGGCACCCGGCUAUCUGCAGUGUCCGACAAAGCACGACAGGCGGUGCGCCUAUAUUAUCAAGACAACGAUUACAGGCUUCGCGAGGUAUAUUGCGACGAGGAUUAUAGAUGGCAUAACUCGAAUGAGACGUCGCUUAGCAAGCAGAUGGCUUCUGAUAUCCAGCGACCAAUUGGGAUUCCGGUAUCGCACGGCGGGGACGCCGAACAAGAAGCGAAGAUAAAGUCAGAUUAUCAACAACCUCCUCAGGACCCUUUCAGUGAUAAUGAUGGGGAGAAUAUCGACUGGACCGAGUUUAAAGCUGUUGCCACAGACCGCCAAUUGCCGGUGGCUGCCGUUGCGAUCUCGCCAGAUGGCAAGCUCCUUGCCACUGCGGAGCAGCCUCCCAUAUACGCUAGGAUCUGGGAUGUGCAAGAGGGUACUGAGCGCAAGAGAAUCUCGCGCCCGGUGCUUCCCAGUUGGCCCUUGAAUGGGAUAGCUUUCACACGGGACACCGAGAAAGUCUGGGUUUCAUGUACGAACGGCGCUGGUGGGUCCGGCAUUUGGUGGUGGAAAUGGCAGAGCGAUGAGCCCGGUGGUGGUCACUCUACUGCCAUGGCGUAUUACGGAGUGACGAUCUCGCCAGAUGGUAAACUGCUCAUAAUCGGCAAUAAUCUCUGGAGGCUAGCCUCAUCUCCCCCAGACUUUCCCGACUUUCUAGGAAAUUUCUCAGAUGAUCAAGCUCUCGCAUUUUCACGAGAUAAUAGUCUCGUUGCUGCGGCUUCAGGCAACACAAUCAGGAUCUGGGACGCUGCCAGAUUGGUACCUGUGAAGACCCUCAAUGGUCAUUCGGCCCAAGUUACCAGUGCUGAGUUCUCGCCAGAAGGGGAUUCGAUUGUAUCUGGCUCUUGGGAUCAUACUGUUAGGCUUUGGGACUUGGCCAAGGAGAGCGUGAGGAAAGUGUGGGACCAUCAAGACAAGGUCGGUUGUGUCACAAUCUCGCCAAACGGCAAGUGGGUGGCUUCCGGAUCCAGAGGCGAUGGGAAACUCAAACUCUGGAACGUUUCCCUCUCAAAGGAGUGUGCUGAGUUUCAGGGUUAUGGGGGUUCUGGCCGCGAUAUCAUUUUCGCGCCAGACAGCAAUCUACUAGCAGCCGUGUGGAAGCAGCCUCAAGGGGUCAGGAUAUGGAGACUUGGUUCUUAG